UGCUGCCUUAAGAUGUGCAGCCUGGGCCACAGCCACCACUGCUCUCUGACUCAGGCCCACUGCAGCAGCAGCCCCAGCCAGUGCAGCAGCAUGGCGCUUUGGGGGACCUGCCUGCUCCUCUGCCUCGUCUCCCUCCUGAACCAAGUCACUGCCGAGCCCCCGACCCCCAAGGUCAAGAAGACUGCAAAUGUCAAGAAAGAUGUUGUGACCCCAAAGAUGUUUGAGGAGCUCAAGAGCCAGUUGGACAACCUGGCCCAGGAGGUGGCCCUGCUGAAGGAGCAGCAGGCCCUGCAGACUGUCUGCCUGAAGGGCAUCAAGGUGCAUAUGAAGUGCUUUCUGGCCUUUGUCCAGGCUAAGACCUUCCACGAAGCAAGCGAGGACUGCAUCUCGCGCGGGGGCACGCUGGGCACCCCGCAGACGGGCUCGGAGAACGACGCUCUGUACGAGUACCUGCGCCAGAGCGUGGGCGCCGAGGCUGAGAUCUGGCUGGGCCUCAACGACAUGGCGUCCGAGGGCGCCUGGGUGGACAUGACCGGCGGCCACAUCGCCUACAAGAACUGGGAGACGGAGAUCACCGCGCAGCCCGACGGCGGCAAGGCAGAGAACUGCGCCGCCCUGGCCGGCGCCGCCAACGGCAAGUGGUUCGACAAGCGCUGCCGCGAAAAGCUGCCCUACAUCUGCCAAUUCGCCAUCGUGUAGCAGGGCGCUGGGGGGCGGGGGCCCCUACACGCGCGCGGGGCCUCCUUGGCAAAUAAAGUUGAUGCAGCUUG